AUGUUCUAUAAUUCCAAAGGCCUGAUGUUUUUUGUGGCGAGGGUGCUUAUUGCAAGCAUCCUUGUUUCAUGGCUUGGCCAUGUUACGUGCGGCAAGAAAAUUCUUCAUUCCAUCAAGGAUUGUAACCAACAGACAGUGGGUGUGGUCGAUUGCAGAUACCAAGGAUGGCAGACCAUUCCUUAUGACGUGUUUGACUUUCCCGUAGGGAAAAGUUCCAUGUAAGUAUUGAAAUCUGCCGUGGAGGCAUUUGAAGUACGUGAAAAAAUUCAAAUUAUCACAUGUAAAAACGCACAAGUUGUAAAAACCUAAUGCAGACGUAUAGCAAUGCUGUAUUGCUGUUCCAACAACUUCUCAACUGGAUGUGUUCGCACUGAUUGUUCCCAUCUUGGUCAUAAUUAGUUGUCAACGGCAUGUUGAUAACGUGCUACAAGGUUGUUGAGCUCAACAGACUUGUUGCAAGUAUACGCCACUACUCAACUCCAACAGAAAAUUAUUGCUGUAUGUUCUUAUUUCAUUGUUUCAGAAUGCUCGGAGGUAACCCGUACGCAUGCGACUGCAGUUUGGCGUGGUUCUACAGAGAACGUCCUUUUAAAACUUGGGACAAGAAGAUCAUCAAAGAUCUUUUCCAGUACAGCAUAAAAUGUGCUUCUCCUCCGGAACACAAGGGAAGAUUACUCACGGACUUACUGGAACAUCACAUUUGUCCAACCUUAAGACGUAAGCCGUAAGGAGCUUGUCACACCACCAUGCGUUUGCUACCCAUUGAGCGCCACUGCUCUUCCCGUUGAUGAGCGAAAUCGUGUGGCGUUAGACAAAGUAAAAUAACAAAGUAGAGCGCAUGAGGGCGCUUUACCACUGUGUUAAAGUUUAUAAUGAAGACUAAUUAUCGUUUCGAUACUCCAGUAUGAUACGUGAUGGGAGUUGAAUGUAUACUGUUGUCGCACACACGUAAAAAAUCUAUUGUUAAUUAGAAAAGUCCUUUAAAAUCCCAUUUCUGUUGUGUUAUAUAGGAGAGUAUUUUUAUCAAAAUUAUUGUAAAGAAAAACGGGAUGUGUUGAACUGUGAUUACGGCAAAAGGACUCCUGCUUUAAAUAUAUUUGAAACGAAAAUGAAGAAAAUGUGAGUUUAUUAUUUAUCUGGAAUGCGAGAGUCUAGAAUGCAAAGCUGCCUAAUUUUAAUGUCUUUCUGAAAUUAGGAGCUAUCUUUAUAUCUGAUAUGCACACAAGCGGGUGUAGACGUUUCCAAAUUCUUUCUAUAACAAGAAUUUCUGCUCGUUUAUUUGAUAGAAGUUUGAAGGGAUUUGGCUACCAUUGUGAUUGCAAACUUGUUUGGUUUAUGAGAAAACUAAAGCAAAAGAAAUACAGAAGUAGGCUGUUGAACCCUUCAGAUAUUGGCAAAUGUAUAUAUCCUAAACGAUUCGUAAAUAAGAAAUUGCAAGAUCUCACAGAAGAUGAUGUUUGCCCACAACUACCACGAAUAGGUACGAUACAUUCAUUGCACUUGUUGGUACAAACCUGAAACGCUACUAACAAGCAGGGUUCUCAAGGGAGUGAGGUGGGUGGGAGGGUGGAGCGUGGCAGGACAUGGAAGGUUCCAGAGUUUAUUUUUGGAAUAGAAAGACUGGAAUAAAAGAUUCCGAUAUAUAGCGAAGCUACAUGUUGAAGCCAUAUAAAUGAUCUAAUGGUUGGAUCAGAGUAACCAAAGUACAGAUUACUAAAAUCGAUACAGACUCACUUAAAUCCUAUGGCCCCCAAAUCGACAUGGGGUCUCAGACUUCUCCGUGAGGCCUCCUCCUUCUUACCAACCCUAAUACUAAAUCAGAGACAAGUGAUCUUUUGUGCCAUUUAGGAAUUGCUUUGUGUUUCAUGGAACAUAAAAAACUGAUUUAACAACGGGAUGUAUAAAAAUGUAAAUGCACAAGAGGGAAUUUCUUUUUUAUCUACAGAAGUCAACGCAUGCAAAGGCCGUCCCUCGCCAUGUGACUAUUUUGUCAGUAGAUGCAAGAGGGAUAAAUAUACAUUCAAAUGUGAAGGUAAGGAAAUGAAAACAUUUCGUAUGUUUGCAAGACACACGAAAACAUGCAUUAAAAUAACACCGCGGUCAGACGUCUGCGUGUCGACUGGUUUUUUUUAAAGUACUGGAAAUAGUAUGGCUAGGAAACAAUGUUUCCUGGUUUGUCCACCUUUAGGAAACAUGGCUAGGAAACAAUGUUUCCUGGUUUGUCCACCUUUAGGAAACAUGGCUAGGAAACAAUGUUUCUGAUUUGUCCACCUUCAGGAAACAUGGCUAGGAAACAAUGUUUCCUGGUUUGUCCACCUUUAGGAAACAUGGCUAGGAAACAAUGUUUCCUGGUUUGUCCACCUUUAGGAAACAUGGCUAGGAAACAAUGUUUCUGAUUUGUCCACCUUCAGGAAACAUGGCUAGGAAACAAUGUUUCUGAUUUGUCCACCUUCAGGAAACAUGGCUAGGAAACAAUGUUUCCUGGUUUGUCCACCUUUAGGAAACAUGGCUAGGAAACAAUGUUUCCUGGUUUGUCCACCUUUAGGAAACAUGGCUAGGAAACAAUGUUUCUGAUUUGUCCACCUUCAGGAAACAUGGCUAGGAAACAAUGUUUCCUGAUUUGUCCACCUUUAGGAAACAUGGCUAGGAAACAAUGUUUCCUGGUUAGGAAACAAUGUUUCCUGAUUUGUCCACCUUCAGGAAACAUCUUCGAAAACUAUAACGAGAAGACAAUCUUUCUCCACGUCUUACAGCAAUGACCUUUUAAUGUUAUUUUCAUUGCAGAUAUCGACGAAUGUGCUGAGAGAAAUUUAUGUGAUCUUAAAAAAACAAACUGUAUAAAUUUGUCACCACAUUUUAAAUGUGUAUGCAAACCUGGCUUCGCUGGCGGAACGUCGCCUUGUAGAGGUAAAUAUGUCAUUGUAGUUGUCGUUGUCAUUGCUGUGGUUGACUGAUCAUGGUAUAUAUUUUUGUUGUCUUUGAUUUUUGUUGUUUUGUUUACUCAGCAUCGUUAUACUCGUGUUUACAUCCAAAGUUAUUUUCAUCACUACAUUGUGUUAAGGAAAUCUUUCUCUUCAUUUCCAAGAUAUCAAUGAAUGUUCAAGUAAAGACCGCUGUGGCAAGAACGCCAAGUGUAGGAAUUUCCCAGGCUCGUAUGAAUGCAAAUGCAAUACUGGCUACAAAGGAAAAGGAAAAGUUUGCUUUGGUAAGAUUGUGAAUUAUUCUGUUUUGGAUUCCAGAAUUUUGUAAUCUUUAAUUUUAUGUGUACACACAAAUAUGGAUGCUUUCAUUCGCUAUAUAUUGAGCAACACCAGAUUUCACUGUUUUAAAGAUACAAAUUUUAGGAAAUGCGUUUCUCCAGGAUUUCCCUAAAUCCCGCGGGGGGGGGGGGUCAUUUCUGCUGUGCACUAUUCAUCUUUCUUUAAUCUCAUUUAUUUCUGUAUUAAAUAAUAUUUUACUUUGCGAUCUUUCCUUACUAGAUGUCAAUGAAUGCCUGAGCAAGGGUACUUGUUCAAAAGAUGCAAAAUGUGUCAACACUCCUGGCUCGUACAGUUGCGCUUGUAAUUCUGGAUUUGAAGGAGAUGGAAAACAAUGCAAAGGUAAUGAUGCAAAGGAAGCGAUGAGUUUCAUCAACUCUCAUGCCCCGGUCAAACGAGAAGAAGAGUGCGUGAGAGUUGAUGAGAGUUGAGAAGCGAGAGUUUUCUCAACUCUCAUGCCCUGAUCAAACGAGAACAAGAGUUGCAUGAGAGUUGAUGAGAGUUGAGAAGCGAGAGUUUUCUCAACUCUCAUGCCCCGGUCAAACGAGAACAAGAGUUGCAUGAGAGUUGGUGAGAGUUGAGAGUUUGCAUGCGAGUUUUCUCAACUGUCAUGCCCCGUUCAAACGCGAACAAGAGUUGCAUGAGAGUUGAUGAGAGUGGACUGCAUGUCCCGCGUGCGUAGCGAAAACUCAUCAACUCUCGUUAAAAUUUGUACAUAACUCAAAGUUGAUGAAAGCUGGCAGGCAAACGCGAACGAGAUUUGCAACUCUCAUACCAAGGUUUUAGUGUAAUCAUAUGAUCAAAUUCUUGCGUAGAAAAUGACGAUCAUUUCUUUUGUUCUUUUCCCCUCCAAACAGACAUUGAUGAAUGCAAAGACAAAAGGACAUGUUCAACAAAUGCAGAUUGUUCUAACUCGCCAGGAUCUUAUCUUUGUCAAUGUAAACAAGGCUAUACGGGGAACGGGAAAAUAUGCACAGGUAUAUGAUACGAGAUGGUAACAUGGUCACACUGUGGGCACAGUCACCAGAAUAUAUAUACCAUACAGGGACUGUUGUCCCCUUCCUUAGAACAAUUUCUAGAUCCAUGAAAUAUCGUAGAAUAUUGAAUUGUUUGUUUAAAGCUAUUUAGCGAGGGCCUUGAACAUUGUAUUAACCAGAUGUCAUCGAUUGUCACCCUGGAAUACAUCCAUAUCUUUAUCCGCAGAUAUUAACGAAUGUUCCUCCAAUCAACAUACAUGUCAUCGAGAUGCAAAGUGUAUCAAUACAUCACCUGGCUAUCAAUGUCACUGUAAACCUGGUUAUAAGACAUUCAAUUAUGGAAGACUUUGUGAAGGUAUUGUUGUUUUUGUAUAUUUCGCGUUGUUGUUGCUGCAUAUUUUCACUAAUGUUGCUCUCUGGUUAUUCUAAUCUAUAUUCUAGUUAAUGUAACCAGGACUUCCUAGAUUGGGUUAUUUUAAGUUAACCAAGAAGUUUAACUAGGCGUUUUUAGAGUGUGCCGUUCUAAUAUUUUUCUUUCUUGUCCUUGCAUAAAGAUGUUGAUGAAUGUGCAAGAAAGACGUACUGUGCUAAACAAGCAAGGUGUGAGAAUAAUCCUGGAUCGUUUCAGUGUGUUUGUAAAUCUGGAUACAGCGGCAAUGGGAAAUACUGCGAUGGUAAGAUUGCUAGGCCAUCCUACGCGUGUAAACGUCUCACAACUUUUCAACAGGAUGUGUUCGCACUCCUUGGGUUCCUAGUCGUUCACAUCAGUCGUUGACAAGUCUGGAACAAGUUGCUAUCAUCUUGUAACAGGGUUGAUUGAUGAGACCAACAAGUUGUCGCAACAAGUUGUUCCAACAAGUCAGAUAUCGUCUGCACGUAAAAAGUUGUUAUGAUGACAACAAGCUCGUAGCAGCCUAAAAUAGUGAAUUCCCAAACGUUUUUCCAUGGUUGUUCACAACUGGGAGAAAAGAUCACCAAGCUUGACUUGUCGAUUUUCAUUUUUUAUCUCCAUCCAGACAUAAAUGAAUGUGAGGACAGCGAGCAGUGUUCAUCCAGUGCAAAAUGUCAAAACAUGGACGGCUCUUACAAAUGUACUUGUAAUAUUGGUUACUAUGGCAACGGAAAAAUUUGCAAAGGUAGGAUUACUUUCUUUCAUUCAAAUUCAGCCUCAGUCACAACACAUCAUUGCGGUUGUGGAUUGGUGCGAGGUAAAACGUAUCAACGUAUACGAUUACUGUUCUACCGAGGUUAGAACUACCGCGGUUUUGUUAGAUCAUUUCUGGAUUGUAUAUAAACAUAAAUCUCUAUCGUAUGUAGACAUAGAUGAAUGUUCAAAAGAAGAUGUUUGUUCAAUGGCCAAUUCAAAAUGUGUCAACACUCCUGGAUCGUAUCAAUGUCAAUGCAUAGAAGGAUAUUCACGGAAUGAAACGCACUGCUCAGGUAGAUAACUCGUGACUUCAGAAAUCAUGUUGGAACUACGACUAUGUCGCGAUCACAAUGCUUGUCUUUCAAGCUAGGAGGGUUCAAUCUUUGGUCAGACCUCUACUCUCAAGGUCUUAAAACAAUUGAGAAAGUGCUACCUUUACAUUGACAUCAGUAAAAGGUUAGACUUUCGCGUCUUCUCGGAUAAGGACGUUCAAAUCGUAGGUACCUCGGAUCCACUAUCAAUUGGGCAAUAGCUUGUUGGGAAAUCCGCUCACCAAGGAGUGAAAAACUCAAUAAACGAAUACAGAAAAUUUCUCUUGAGUGUAGGUGCAAUUAGACUAGUUCAGUUUUAGCACAUGGAGUGUGAAUUUGAUGGAAAUUCUUCAUUCUAGACAUGGAUGAAUGUUGGAGUAAUGAAUUCCCUCAUAAUUGCGACAAGAAUGCAGUGUGUAUCAAUUACCCUGGAGGUUAUAAAUGUCAAUGUAAAGAAGGAUAUGAACGUUUCUCGGAAACAGAACCAUGCUUCCAGGAAGGUUAGUUUUUCAACCAUGUAUUCAUAUGUUGCUGAUAACCAUUCGAGCCUUCUUAGAAAAUAUCACAAAAUAUUUUCGAUAGACAAUAUCACAAAGACUUACUGCCAAUUAAUUUCGUUUUCAGAAGUCCUCACUCCAUUUUAUGAACGAACCAAUGUCAGGAUCGCGGCGCUUGCUGCUGUCGUGUUUCUAGUUCUGAUGAUGAUUGCUUGUUGUUACUGUUGUAAACGGUGAGUAAUGUUUCACAAAUAAAUCAAUUCAAUUGUUAUUCUGGCUAUUGAGCCUCGAUUUCGUGAUUGAGAGGAUUGGAUUUAAUCUUGCAUACACGAAAACGAGGCUCCAUAGUCAAAUGACGUACUUUUCGGAAGAGUGUAUGGACAAAUUUUAAUUUUUAGUUGCUGCAGAAGAAAGGGAGAAAGUUCGAGUAAAGAAAUGGAUGGAAGUGAAGAACCUCUGUUGUACGGGCCUGACAUCCCUUUCGUACCAAUGGAUAUGUCACCGUAAGUUUGGGAGUUGGGGGGGGGGGGGAGCAGGGCAAACUGUCCCCCAGAGAAAAUUUAACUUAUUAAUUUUAUAUUAUUAUAAAUAGUUAAGCCAAAUGGUGCUUAAAAUCUUGUGAUUCAGAGUGCAUAAUGCAGCGAUAAGCAUCUAACUGACAUGUCUUUGAAUGCAUUGAAAUUUGGGUAUAUAUUUCAGCAGGUGGGUAUUACUGCUCCCUGGUGAAAAAAUCAGGUGCCUGAAUCUAACUUUUCUAAAUCUUAAAAAACGUCAUGUUACAUUAGGAGUUUUAUGGAAUAUCCCCGUUUGCAUAAGCCAAUUUCACCGAUACCUUGUAGUUUUUUUAUGCGUCCAAUAAAGCUGACAAAAUAAAAUAAAAUAAAAUUAGAUAUAUUCUCAAGCAUUUUUCUUUCUUAUCUUUCAGAAUUUCGAAUAUAUCCAUGGUAUCUGCAUAUUCAGAAAAACAAGAUUUUGACUUCCACUACUAUGAUAUUGAAUAA